CCAACUUCUAUUACAAUUCUAUUUGACCAUUUAUGUGGUCCAUCUCAACCUUUUCCACCCUGACACCAACCCAUAUCGCAUAGACGUCUGGAUAUAAUGUAUUAACAAUGGGAAAUCAAGUAAGUAGUCUAGCAAAGGACGAGACGGAGGAAACGGAAGGCAAUACGUUUUCGGCAGAUCAUCCGUACCCGACCGAGGAACCCAGAUCUUCGUCGCGACCACCUUCGCCAGAUUUUGUAUUUUCAAGCCAAGUUCCACCAGCAUCCUCUUCACUCCAGAUUAAAAGGUCUCCGGUCCCGCCCCCGCCUCCUUUCUCGCGACCAGUCAUGGCUACCCCAAAACAGAAUGUCAAAACGGAAAUUCCCGAGUCUCCAGAAUACAACCAACAAGCUUCGGAACCGGACAAGAAGUCGGCCACAUCCAAGAAGCGACGUAUGAAGCAUCGGUCUAGCUCGAUACCGCAACCUUCGAGCCCAAAUGCCAUAAUGGGCAGUGAUGAUGAUGAUGAGAAUAGGACUUCUACUAUAGGGGAGGAAUCCGCGCGGAGGGAGGAUGGGAAGCGCAGUAAGAAGAAAAAGAGACGCAAGCAUCGAAAGAAGUCUCAUAAUGAAGCAUCCCCGGAACUGGGUACCCAUGAAUCACCUAGCGGGCUUGCUCAGGACGACGAAGCAACUGAUACCCCACGAGGCUUUACUUCAAGCAUGCUCUCUCCCAACGACAUGGCCUUUGAGUUAACACCGUCCAAACCCGCACCCUCGAAGAAACGCAAAAAUACAGAAUCCAGUAGUCCGAAAAAGAAGAAGCACAAGCACAACCGGGAUGAAAAUGGUGUAGCGGACACACCUUCGUUUAGUGGACUGGCUCAGAGUCUCUACGACGGCCGCAAGAAGAAAAUGCGAAGUCUCGAGGAUGCUUUCAAUGGCUCUAUAUAUGACACUAUCCAGACGCGGUUAUCCGAUGAAUCCGAUGAAGAGCACCUAUCCCUAGACAAUACUAGUCGUCAUUCGAAGGAGGCCAUCAUCGGUGACAUGGACUCAAAGCCUGUCUCACAAUCGGACGCAGUUUCAGACAACGAGAUGGAGAUAGAUGAACCGCCUCAAUACGAUCACGAACACAAUGGCAACAGCUCACAUGACGAGCUUGACACUAAGUCUCAUGAUCGUAGCUCAUCGGCUGAUCAUAUCCAAUCAGAAAACCAAAAUCAGACGAUAUGGGAGCAAAAUAACCGAGGCGCCGAAGCAACUGAGGAUCGCGAGGAUCGGGAGGAGAGCAAUGAUAAUGAAGACGAGGAUAAACUUGAAAAGAGCGAAAGUGAUUCCAAUAGUGGACUUGGUCCCCAAACAGCAUCCACCGACACUCAUGCUGCCACUGCCAAUGAUGAAAACCAUGCGACAGUCGGCCUCGAGUUUCCAGAUGGAUCAGAAGCUGAUCACGAAAGCAGCAUUGCCUUCAGGCCCAAAACUCCUUUAAGCACAUCACGAAGGCGUAUGGCUAAGCCAAAUUUCUACAGCCGUGUAGCAGAAGACAGUUCUAAUGCUUCUUCUUCUGCCAAUGCUGGGCCCUCUAACCCGGUAGCAAGGAAGCAGCCAAAGAUUUCGUCCAUGCUCAAGGGUCAUACUGAGGAUAGCCCACAGCCCAAGAAAAAUACACCAAAGCACCGUGCCAGUCCUGCCAAGCGUUCGCAGCCCCACGAAUUAAUCACUGGCCAAUUCAGUGAAUUCGAACUUCGCAACAUUUCCCAGGCAGUCGAACGCUGGAGAGACGACCACAACCUAACUCAGGCCCAGGUGAACGAGUUGAUUCAGGCGAACCCUCGUGAGGUAGGAUCUCAUGAGUUUUGGGCUCGAAUUAUUGCAACUUGUCCGAACCGACGUCGCCAGAAAGUGAUAAAUCAGUGCCGCCGCAAAUUCCACAACUUUGUCGCUCGUGGCACUUGGAAUGCUGAACAGCAGAGAGAAUUAAAGGAAAUGUGGGAUCUGCAUGGAAACAAGUAUUCUUUGAUUGGAAAACUGAUCAACCGUCACCCUGAAGAUGUGCGGGAUCGCAUUCGGAAUUACGUUGUAUGUGGUGAGAGCCGUCGUGUCAACCCAUGGACCCAGGAGGAAGAGGAUAAGCUCGAACAAAUCAUAUCUGACGCUCUCGAAACGAUCAGGGAGCGUCGUCGUGGAGGUCAUCUUUCUCCAAAAGACUCAGACGAAGAUUUAAUUGACUGGCAAAGAGUUAGUGAGUGUAUGGAUCGUACCCGUAGUCGCCUGCAAUGCAUGGCAAAGUGGAAAAAAUGGAAGACGAUCCAAGGGCAAGACGGCAAGGGGAGCAUUGAUGGGAGCGAACCCCUCUCUGUUGAUGAGAUCAUUCAGACUGCUCGAGAUGAGGCCGACGAGAUGACUUAUCGGCAGCGUAUGUCCCUUGUUAAGGCUAUUCGCAUCACUAAAGUGAAUGCCGAAAGUCGGAUUCCAUGGGUCAAGGUCCGAGAAAAGAACUUUGGCGACAAGUAUACACGCGUAACUCUUAUGUUGGUCUGGUAUCGUUUGAAGCAUUCCCUACCAGACCCACCCUCGAUCUUCUCAAUCCCCGAAAUCAUUCAACAGUUAACCACGAGAUACCAACACACUACAAAGUUGGAAUAUCCCAGCGGAGAGGACUACGACGAGGACGCAGAAUACCGUGAGAUGGAACAAAAGGUGAAAAAGAUUCUAAAGGUCAAUCGUGCGCCAAAAUCAGCGCGAAUUGUCGAUAAGACCGACGAUGAGGAUGAGGAGGCUCUUAACGACGAUGAAGAAGGUGGUGAAGAGGAAGAGGGGGAAGAAGAGGAAGAAGAGGAAGAAGAGGAAGAAGAGGAAGAAGAGGAGGAGCAGGAGGAGCAGGAGCAGGAGCAGGCGAAAAGUCGCAGGGACGCCUCAGAGAGUAAUGUGCAUGAGAGUGAAGAUGACGAAGAUGCCAGCAAAAGCAAUGAAAACGACGAAAUCGUUGAUCAAAGCGACGAUGAAGACGAAGAUGACCAACAUAGCAGUAAGGAUGAUGAGGCCUCUCCUAGUCAACCUGAAGAUAAUGAGGAGGAUGUUUCAGUGAAGGACAGCACAAGUCACAAGGAGGAAAGUCUUCAAGCCGAGGAUUCAAGUGACGCCGGUUCUAUCGCUAAUUUUAAGCCUCAAAGGAGUCAAAAAGGCCGGAAGAGCUAUGGUUCAUCAAGCAGGGCUACAGUGGAACGCAAGAACUCUACUAAACAGUCGAAGAAGGCCAACAAAGUCGUCGAGGAAUCUGAGGAGGAAGAAUUAAGCAGUGACACCAACGCAAGUGAGGUGGAGAGCAUUCCAGCAAACUGAUCAUUCCAGGCCUGAACAACUCUAUAUCAUUCUGGUUUUCUACCCGAAUAGGUACCUAGCCGAAAUGACAUUCACUUGUCUUAAUCUAUGGGUGGGCCUCCUUUACACCAGACAACUUAGUAUAUACCUACUUUCCCUACUUUUUGACCCUGUGCCAUUCCUCCGAUCAAUUCACCCGGUCAUGCGCAUGGAAUGUGAGCAUUGAGCUUCGCCAAUUC